GUCGGAGAACUACAGGUCCUAGCUGGCCAGGGGUCUCACGAUUUUGCUGCAUUCAUGGCGCUCCCUAGCAAGGCAGUGAUUGUUCCCGGGAACGGAGGUGGGGAUGUGGCCACCCAUGGCUGGUACGGCUGGGUGAGAAAGGGGCUGGAGCAGAUUCCUGGUUUCCAGUGUUUGGCUAAAAACAUGCCUGACCCAAUUACAGCCCGAGAGAGCAUCUGGCUGCCCUUCAUGGAGACAGAGCUGCAAUGUGAUGAGAAGACUGUCAUCAUAGGCCACAGUUCCGGUGCCAUCGCAGCCAUGAGGUACGCUGAGACACAUCAGGUAUAUGCCCUUGUAUUGGUGUCUGCAUACACAUCAGACCUGGGGGAUGAAAACGAGCGUGCGAGCGGGUACUUCAGCCGCCCCUGGCAGUGGGAGAAGAUCAAGGCCCACUGCCCUCACAUUGUGCAGUUCGGCUCCACUGAUGACCCCUUCCUUCCCUGGAAGGAGCAACAAGAAGUGGCAGAUAGGUUGGACGCCAAAUUGUACAAAUUCACCGACCGUGGUCACUUUCAGAACACAGAGUUUCAUGAACUGAUUAGUGUGGUGAAGUCUAUGCUCAAAGUACCAGAAUAGUCCAGAUGAGUCCUGUUCUGUAACGUGCCAGUAUGGUUAGAAGAGCAACCAUUAUCACACAGUACUAGACAGGAAACAUCCGGCUAAGCUACAAAAGUGCCUGAAAAACAAACCCAUUUGAACACUCACACUAAGUUACUAGCAUUUCAGUUCCCACAGGACUUAAACUCUUCCUGAAAAGCUACUAACUAGAGCAGUAUUUUUCCAUUUGAUAAGGGACACAGAGUUUGUUUAGCCAUCCUGUUGACCCAAAUAGAGUUAAGUUAGAAGUAGGCUUCAAAACUAGACAUGGUGUGCCUUUAUGACACCAGCACUUCAGAGAAAGCAGGGGAUGAGG